GGCUGAUCCCGCCGCCACGUGACGCCGGGUCCUGAUCUCAUAAGAGCCUUUGGACUCGAGGCCAGCGCAGCCAUGGCCGGCCCCGCGCCCCGCACCGUCCUCGUCACCGGCUGCUCCUCCGGCAUCGGCCUGGCCGUGGCCGUGAGGCUGGCGCAGGACCCCCAGCGCCGCUUCCAGGUCAUCGCCACCAUGCGGGACCUGAGGAAGAAGGAGAAGCUGGAGGAGGCGGCGGGGCCGGCGCUGGGCAAGACGCUGAGCAUCCAGCGCCUCGACGUCUGCAGCGACAGCUCGGUGGCCGAGUGCUUGAGCAGCAUCCCCGGGGGACGGGUGGACGUGCUGGUGAACAACGCCGGCGUGGGGCACGUGGGCCCCGUGGAGAGCAUCAGCGUGGAGGAGAUGAAGCGCGUCUUCGAGACCAACUUCUUCGGGGCGGUGAGGAUGAUCAAGGCCGUCCUGCCCGACAUGAAGCGGCGCCGGAGCGGCCACAUCGUGGUGGUCAGCAGCGUCAUGGGGCUGCAGGGGAUCGUCUUCAACGACGUCUACGCCGCCUCCAAGUUCGCCGUGGAGGGCUUUUGCGAGAGCUUGGCCGUGCAGCUGCUGCAGUUCGACGUCUUCGUCUCCAUGGUGGAGCCGGGCCCCGUCAACACGGACUUCGAGCUGAAGCUGAUGGAGGAGGUGUCGCGAUCCGACUUCCCCGGCGCCGACGAAGCCACGGUGCGCUACUUCAAGGACGUCUACCUGCCGGCCUCGCACGAGAUCUUCGCCACGCUGGGGCAGAGCCCGGCGGCCGUGGCCGAGGCCAUCGUCAGCGUCAUCGGGGCGCGGCGCCCGGCUUUCCGCACGCAGACCAACGGCCUCUACACGCCGCUGGUGGCCCUCAAGUACGCCGACCCCUCGGGGGACCUGUCGGUGGGCACCUACCAUCGCCUCCUCUUCCACUACGGGACCCUCUUCCACCUCAGCGUGGCAGCGCUGCGGUGCCUCACCUGCGGCUGCUUCCGUCGCAGGAUCGCCCCGCUCUGAGCGCGGCGGCGUCUUGCUGGGGGGGGACAA